AUGACUCAACCCCAUGGCUUUGAGAGCAAGCAUCAUCCCUCUGAAUUUGUUUGCCGACUAAGGAAGUCUUUGUAUGGUUUAAAACAGGCUCCUCGUGCCUGGAAUGAGAGAUUUACUAGUCUUUUUUUAUUACCAAGUUUAGGUUUUACUGCAUCAACUACAGAUCCCUCUCUGUUUGUUCAACAUUCUUCUCUUGGCAUUGUGGUCUUACUCCUAUAUGUUGAUGAUAUCAUCCUCACAAGCAAUGAUUCCUCUCUUAUUACAUAUGAUAUUGCAGCUUUGACCCAAGAAUUUGAUAUGAAGGACUUAGGCCAGUUGAAUUAUUUUCUAGGGCUAUUACUUAAAGAUGAUGGGAAGCCUUAUUCUCAUCCAGCACAAUACAGGAGCAUUGUUGGGGCUCUGCAAUACCUCACCUUCACAAGCCCAGACAUUGCCUUCUCAAUGAAUCAAGCUUGUCAAUUCAUGCAUAAUCCCAUUGAAUCUCAUGUUGUGGCGGUUAAGAGAAUCUUGAGGUAUUUGAAAGACAUCAUUGAUUUUGGAAUUCAUUUUCAACCUGGUCCUCUUAAUCUGCAGUCUUAUAGUGAUGUUGACUGGGUUGGAGAUCCUAAUGAUCGACGGUCUGUCUCGGGGUUUAUCGUUUACUUAGUCCUAUUUCUUGGGCUUCUAAGAAACAACAUACCGUCUCCCGUUCAUCCACUGAGGCUGAAUAUAGGGCCCUUGCUAUUUCCGCUGCUGAGCUUGCCUGGAUUAGACAACUGUUUUGUGAUCUUCAUGUGCCUUUACAUAUUCCUCCGUUGA